GUGUGAGGCUGAUAAAUCGUACCUCUUGCAUUAUACCUUUCUUUUCUGCUUUUUUAUUUUUUUUUCCCUAACACAGCUUUUAUAGUUGUUUAAGAUCAGAGAAAGCACCUGCCAGUCGCUUUUUCUUCCCUUUUGCUCCCUUCUUCUGCCUCGUGCAAGAUGGAGCUAGAAAAUGAAAUGAUCAGCACCUCCAGCAAUUCUUCAGCAGGCUCCAGAGAGUACAAGGUGGUGAUGCUAGGAGCUGGGGGAGUUGGCAAAAGCGCAAUGACAAUGCAGUUCAUAAGCCAUCGGUUCCCUGACUAUCACGAUCCAACUAUAGAGGAUGCCUAUAAAACUCAAGUCCGAAUUGAUGACGAACCAGCCUAUUUGGACAUUCUAGACACUGCUGGACAGGCAGAAUUCACAGCCAUGAGGGACCAAUACAUGCGAGGUGGGGAAGGCUUCAUUAUUUGCUAUUCCAUCACAGACCGCCAAUCCUUUCAAGAAGCUGCUGAGUUUAAGGAACUCAUUUAUCGUGUCCGGCACACCUAUGACAUCCCCUUGGUGCUGGUGGGAAACAAAAUAGAUCUUGAACAGUUCAGACAG